AUGGCCCGCCAAUUGCUUCUCCACGCUCUUCUCUUCGCCGUCCUCCUCGGCAUUGCCUCUGCUGCCAAGGCCCCACCCGCUGACGCCGACUCUGCCGCAGCCAAGACCCCGGCUGCUGCUCCAUCCAACUCUUCCUCCGCUGCCGAUGAACCCAAAGGCGCUGCUUCUUCUCCCAAGGCCGAAGCCGAUGCCCCCGAGGCAGAAGCCGGAGCCCCAAAGGCCGAUGCCGGAGCCCCAAAGGCCGAAGCCGGAGCCCCAAAGGCCGAAGCCGGAGCCCCAAAGGCCGAAGCCGGAGCCCCAAAGGCCGAAGCCGGAGCCCCAAAGGCCGAUGCCGGUGCCCCCAAGGCCGAAGCCGGAGCCCCCAAUGCUGAUGCCCCUGCCGGCAGCCCUGCAUCCGGGCCGGCCAGCGAUGAGUCCCCCUCCGCAGCCCCUGAAUCCGAUGCAGAGGCGUCAUCUCCACCUUCUCCAAGCGGAACUGCGGGAGGGCCAGCCAGCGAGGAGGAAGCUGCUGAUGCACCGGCCCCUGAUGCUUCUGCCAGUGGAUCUUCGUUCCUGAAGAUGUCUGCUACCACGGUUGCGACCAUUGCUGGAGUCAUUGUGUUCUAA